AUGGCGCCGUCAAACGAGGCAGACAUGUCUGUCGACUACUACGAACUGCUGUCAAUCCCAGCAACGGCGUCAGAGUCUGAAAUUCGACGUGCUUACAGGCAAACCUCGCGGCUCUAUCACCCGGACAAAGUCAAGCCCACGCCCGAGACCUUGGAGAAGUUCCAGCUCCUGCAAACCGCGCUUAAUAUUCUCACAGACGCGGCUGAGAAAUUAAAAUAUGACCAGACGCGGGAAGCCAAGCAAAGGCGUCUGGCGGAGACUGCUGCUCUCGAAAGCCGACGACGACAGAUGAAGGAAGAGCUGGAGAAAAGAGAGGGCGGCUCCGUCGCCACAGGAAUGGCCCCGUCGGUGAGCGGCGUGAAGCGCACCUGGACCGAGCGGGAACUCGAAAUCAAGCGCAUCGCUGAAGAGAACAGGAGGAAGCGAGAGGCGGCAAUGGCACACAAGGCUCAAGAGGCACAUGCCCGGACACAGGCAGCAACCGAGGCGGGAGCGGAAGAGCAAUCCUCCAGCUCGAUAGACCGAUCUGUCAAAGUGCGCUGGAUCAAGGAAGCAGACGGGUUGGAGAUUGACCAGGAGGCACUCGAGGAGAACUUCGCCGCCGGCGAUGUCGAGAACGUCCUGGUGCUGAAAGACAAGAAACGUCGUGUCGAAGGCAGAGAUAGAAAGGUCCUACUGGGCACUGCUGUCAUUGUGUUCAAGUCCUUGGCUAUAGCUAAGAAGGUGGUGGCACGGGGUCCGUGGGAGGGAAUCGAAAGCGUCGAGUGGGCCACAACAAAGGAAACCGAUGGCGGUUGA